AUUGUAAAACUUCACACAGACGAUGCGCGUAUCGCCGCAGCAUAAGUUUUCGGUUGCACGGCGGCGGCGGCAGCAGCAGCAACAGCAGCAGUCGCUCUGGGUUAGUUUUUCCUCUGUCUCUGUCUGUGUUUUUUCCCGUCACGCAGGCACUUGUGCGGUCUCCAUUCUGAUUCCACCCCAGACAGUGCUAGUGGGUUGAGUGUUUGGUUACGGCGUUGUCUGGUGGCGAUAUUUGCGACUGUUGUGAGAAGACAUUUAUUCCACUACCUAGCACCAACCAUCGCCGACGAAAACACCCGGAACGGAAAGCAAUCACAAACAAUACCGAAAAUCGCUGUGGCUGACGACAUAUUUGUGUGCAGUUGGGACGCCUGUGACGCCAUCCGGACAAAUGUGGUAACAUUCGAUUGCCGUUUUUUCCACAGUACCCAGGAAUAGUGUAUCACUAGACGGAUUGCUGCGAUUGUGUGCGUGUGUGUGUUUGUUCAGUUUAUUUUGGAUGUGCGUUACGCGUCACAAUCGCGUUCCCUUUGGUUGCCAUUGGUUUUCCCACACGACACAACUUGCUGAAGAGAAAACACAUUCCCCGUGUACACCACCCUGUGUCGCCGCAUUCGGGGGUGGUUGGUGAUUUUUUGCCUUUGCCUUUCCGUUGUUCAACGACGCACUCGCGAGACGGAGGUGAAACAUUGUGAACAGAGUGAAAAAUCAUUCCUACCGAGGGGGAACCCGUAACUGGUGCUAGCUCUCCCCCUAGUGUGUGUUACUACCGGACACCACCCCCUUAGCUGUACGAGACGCCAUUACGGUGCGGUGCUACCUACUAACCGCUCUGUAUCUGCUUGAGUGUGUAUGUGUGUGUGCGUGUAUAUGUAGUAGUGUGCGUUUGUGGAGCUAUUGUUGUAGAGCAGCGAUUACGGAGGAGCGGCCAGAGCCGCCUGUCCCAGGCCGGAACGAGCUGCGAUUGAAACGAUCCGCUCGUGAUGAACUUCUCGGCAUUCGGUGGACCUUUUUCGGGCAUCCAUCAGUUUGCGGCCAAAUUUGGCAGCAAUGAUGGAGCGUUCACCAGCACCAACAGUCCCGGAAGUAAUGGGUCGGCGGGACUGGGUGCAGCAGCCGCCGGCAACGGUGUGGGUGGCGUGGCGACGUCGGCCGGUGGCAAUAUGCAGCAACAGCAGCAGCAGCAGCAGCAGCAAGACCUGAACCGGUACCACGGUGCCACCAAUGGAAACCAUUUCAAUCAGAAUGCUACCUCAAUGGUCAAUACACCGAUGUCUUAUGGUCAAAACAUGUCACAUCCUUACGGUGGAGGAGCCAAUCAGCAAACUAGCAACGAUCACACCUUCGGCAAUGGAAAUGCGUCGAUGGGCAACGAUCACCAGUCAAAAGUGAGCAAAGGCGGUAACACACUCAAGGUAGAUCGGGACGACAUGAUCAAUCAGCAAAUUCUGCAGAACGUUAACCAGUCCUGGCAAACGCUGACCAACCCAUCGAACACGGUCGACUACUCGUCGCACCUGCUGUCGGCCACUCUGCCCAUCUCCAUCCAGCACUUGCUAAAGUACUCCGACGCGAUCAAGAAGGAACCGAACAGUGGAUCCGUCGCCGGGUCGGGCAUCAACUCGCCCGGCCCGCUCGGUGGUCUGAUUGGCGUGGAAACGAACGCAUUCAACGUGCAGAAAGACUUGCUGAGCCUGAAGAAUGGUUCCAAUCUGAACCUGGCCCUCGGCAAUGUGGCCGUCAGUGCGGCCGCUGCAAGCCUAGGCCUGAACCACCAACACUUGAUGCAGCAUCACCAGCAGCAGCAGCAGCAGCACGCGGCCAAUGCUAACCACCACACAGAUAACGGGUUCGGCAACCAGCAGUCACUGGCGAACAGCAUGGCAAACGGGGGUGGCCAAAAUGUGGUUAGUUCCGAUGCGCACAAUUCGAGCAGCAGUACCGUGAACGGUGGACCGGCGGCCAAUGGGGAGGAAGCGAACGGCGGGUCCGGCACGGGCAAUGGUACGGGAAAGACCAAAACGAAAAAGCAGAAGAAACGCAAACCACCGAAGGAGAAGAAACCGCGCCCGAAACCGGGUCAGAUACGGGAAACGAAGGCCCUGGAUGGGUCGCCCCUGUUCUGCUGCCCCGAGUGCCAGAUGGCGUACCCGGAGCGGGGCUUGAUCGAGCAGCACGUCAUUUCGCAUGCCGUCGAGCGGCGCUUCGUGUGCGAUAUCUGUAAUGCCGCGCUGAAGCGGAAGGACCAUCUCACACGCCACAAACUGUCGCACAUUCCCGAUCGUCCGCAUAUUUGCAGCAUUUGUCUCAAAUCCUUUAAGCGUAAGGAGCAGUUGACGCUCCACGUCGUUAUACAUACGGGGGAAAAGAAACACAUUUGUGGCGAGUGCGGUAAAGGAUUCUAUCGAAAAGAUCAUCUCCGCAAGCACACCCGCUCGCACAUAGCACGGCGCGUCAAGUCGGAAAUGUCUGCCUCGAAUGGAACUGGCGGUGGCAGCGGAGGUGGAUCGGGAAAUGGCAAUGCAGCGCAAAACAACAGUACGCUGGCAGGAUCCCUGAUGGCCACCAACAUGCAGGGCGCACCGGCGUCUACCGAGUAAAUAGGUUUUACAAUUUGGUCCUGGUGUGAAGCGAAUACUUCCCAGUCGAGGCUAGUUGCACGAACGAGGAUGAGACUCUGAGAAGGCGGAGAAGAAAAACAAUCCCAAAUCGAUUCACCGAACCGGUGGCGUUCCUCGGUAAGAAUUAUUCAAUACUUCUAGUCACGGGUGUGAUUAAAAACAAACAUGUUUUAUUUUAUGUUUUUGCUUUUAAAAAUUACUUGCGCUUUGCGUAAAGAGAGGGCAAUAUGCAAGCGAUAAAGCCGCAAUAAAAAAUGAAGAUAUAAAUCAAAAUAUUUUUUUUUAACCAAUAGAACAUAAUACACGCGGUUCUGUGUACUAUGCAUUUACCAAUAUCAACCUGCCUCGGGAGGCAGAUGCGAGGGGCAAAGAACAUGUAAAGAUUUUAAACUAAACACUAAACACUAUCUUCUAUUCGAUAAAAGAGAAAAUAUAUCUUAACAACAAAUGCGCAAACACAACUUGUAUCAAACAUAAAAUGAAAAGGCCACACAAUACCGGGCCUUUUUCGAUGUUAACAUAAGAAGAAACACUACCGUUCGAUCGUUCCGCAAUAACCCAUUCUUCUUUUGCGUUCCGAGUGCACAAUCAAUCAGCCAGUGUGGCAUGUAGCAUGUGCUGGAAAUAUCAAUAAACGAAAAGGAACAACCACAGAGACAAAGAUGAAUGCAAGUAAAAGCAAAAAAAAACAAAUAAAAACAUGUGUAAAUCACGUAAGACAGAAAAAGAAAGUAAAGAAGGAAUGAUAUUUUGAACGUUUUACUAAUUUAUGAACUACUAUAUUGUACCCGGUACUUCGUACUUGUAUGGAAUGUGAAGCAAAAGUUAAGAUCAACAAACACAAACAAAACCAAACGGGCGGAAGGACGAAAGAAAACUAACGUAAAAUACAUUUGUGCUUUUCUUAUAA